UGGGACAACGCGACCGGACGCCUUCACGUCUCCACGUGCUAGCUUGCAACUGGCCCGGCAGGCAACGAACCACUUAAACACCGAUGAGGACAGGGUAGGCCCGCCCAGCCAACCAGCGAGCUACGCAAUUGCCCAAGCCGAGCUGUGUUCUCAUGAUACUUAACAUCGAGGACUUCACAUUGAGAAACAUCGUCGAUUUUCUUGAACAAGUUACCAAAAAUCUACACUUCAAUUCAUCCCAACCCCUCAUCAGCUCAUCAUCCCGUGAAGAACAUAAGACGAUAGAUAAACCUUACCACAAGACACCACCAAGAUGGCCACCCGCAGAAUCAUCUCCCAAGAGAAGACUCUCCUCGAAAAGGAUGACCGUAUUGGUUUCAGCCCAUCGGCAAGCGAGAAGUCUAACAUCACGCCAGCCGUCCCUGCUUCCGUAAUCAUCAAACUCCUAGCCUUCACUUUCGCCAUGAUCGUCAUCCCCAUCAGUUCUUACUUCCUCACAGUAGACCGUUUGUUCAAAGGAAACUCGACAUACGCCGGCGCCACAGCAGCUAUUAUGGCCAACGUGGUGUUGAUUGGGUAUAUCAUUGUAGCUAUGGCGGAGGAUCAGUCGGAUCAGGAGAAUGAGAAGAAAGAGGGUGGUGGGAAAGCAGAAGGGAAGAAAGAUCUGUGAAAUUGUUGAAAGGUGUCAUGGAUGUUGUGGCAUUGUCAAUGGGAAUGGGAUGACUGUUGAAAAAGAAAUUGAUUAGUUAUGCAAGUAAUUAUGUUACUUCAUUUACAUGAUCGUGGAAUUUGCUUUCGUGUGGUGGAAAUGCAUGGCAGCUUCUUGUAUUUGUAUAAGAUGUCCAAAACCUCACUGGGAAACAUUAAGGUUGGGCUUAUGACUUCAACGCAAAACCAAGGUCAUGGUUGCACCUAUCACAACUUCACAAUUAAGAGCAAAAGACACAUAGAGUC